AUGCCUAAACCGUAUCACUAUGUCUUUUUUCAUCUCCCCCCCCUCUCUCUCUCUCUCUCUCUGAUAUGGGAACUCUUUUUUUUAUCGCUGAAGGUCAGCAUUAAGCCUCUCUCACGCCCAGAGAUAGACAGAGAGAGAGAGAGCGAGAAAAAGAGAGAGAUCUAUCUACCUAUCUAUCUAUCUAUCUAUCUAUCUAUCAAAACAUUUUCUAUCUCAGUCUGUUCAUAUCUAUCUAUCUGUCAAUCUAUGUGUCUAUCUCCAUGUUUCUAUCUAUCUAAAGAGAGAGAAAGAGAGAUCUAUCAUCUAUAUUUAUAUCUAUCUAUCUAUCUAUCUAUCUAUCUAUCUAUCUAUCUAUCUAUCUAUCUAUCUAUCUCAGUCUGUUCAUGUCUGUCUAUCGAUUUAACUAACAAAAAAAUCUACCUAUCUCAAUCUGUUCAUAUCUAUCUAUCUAUCUAUCUAUCUAGCUCUAAAUCUGUUCAUAUCUAUAUAUCUGUUUCUCUAUUUAAUUAUGUAUCUGAAUCUGUUUCUAUCUAUCUAUCUAUCUAUCUAUCUAUCUAUCUAUCUAUCUAUCUAUUGAUUCAUUGCAAAUAA